UCCAAUGUUACCAAUGUAAACCGUUCACAUUGUUUUGUUACGCUUCGUAAAUAAUCGGCAAGCGUUGUGCUUUAUUUAUAUAUAAAUUAAUAAUGCAAUCCAAUGAUGCUUUACGAGAUUCAGAUCCAUUGGCGAACGGCGAAUCCUUCAUACCAGCUUCCCAAAGACCUGAUGGCACCUGGAGGAAACCCAGGAGGGUUAAGGAAGGUUAUGUGCCACAGGAGGAGGUACCUUUGUAUGAAAGCAAAGGCAAGAAAUUAAUGAACCGACAUGUGGCACCAGCAGAGCCUAUGAAGGUUGCAGGUUUUACUGCACAUAAAACCAUCCCUGGUUUGUUCAUUGAGGAUAAACCAGCUGUGAAGACACCAAAACCCAAGAAGACUAAAGCAAAAAAAGUUGAUGUGGUCACCAGUCUUGUAAGUGAAUUAAAAAUCACUGAACAGCCAAAAAAGCAAGUGACAGUGAGCAGUCCAGCAGUAACAGUAGCUGUUUCUGAAUCAUCGGAUCCUGUGAAGAAAGUGAAAAAUCUCAAAAAAAGGCUUCGAGAAGUUGAGAGUCUAGAGGAGAAAAUUAACAGUGGUGCAAUUGCCAAACCUGAAAAGGAACAAUUGGACAAAAUAAAACGUAAAAAUGACUUAAUCAUGCAGAUAUAUCAACUAGAGAAAGAAAUUUAAUAAUACAGUGUUUUCCUUAUUUCUCCUGUAAAUAACUUCUUUUUUUUAAGUAAUUGCCAUUCAUUGAAUACAAACAAUAAAAUAUAUAAAUAUGCAUGUACAAUA